AUGCCCAUCGAGGUGAGCUCUCCCGGUGAUCACUUUCUCUGUCGUCGUGCAGAUGACUGGUGGACGGGCGCGCCGGACUGGGACCUCAAGGCCUUCACCACGCGGCGCGCCCUCCUGGAGGUGGACUUGGCACGUGGCAGCCUCUCCUUCCGCCUCGACACUUGGACAAAGGAGCCCAUUCACGUCAACGCACCGGAACUUCUAACGGAGAGCUCAAGGCCGUGGACCCCACUGGUGUCCCUCUCAAGAGGCCACGAAGCGAGGAUUUGCGACUUCCACCUCGUUUGCAGGGGUGCGUGA